GAGCGCUGGCGGGGGAGGCAGUUUGCGGCCGGGGGAAUUGAUGCACCCAGGUUGUUGGGUUCGGGGUUGCACGCGGGCUCCUCGGGUGAAUCUAUAGGCAGGCGGGGUGCGAACGCCGCAAAACCCACACGCGUCCGCGCUCCUGCCGCCCGCUUUUGUUGCGUUGCGAGCUUCUCUUCGGAUCGCCGCCGCCUUCGGGUGCCCAGGUUGCCAUGGCGGACCACAUGAUGAUGUCGAUGAGCCACGGCGUGAACGGGCUGCAGGGCUACCGGAUGGGGGUGAAUGGGCUGCAGGGCCCUCCCCAGCACGGACAGCACAUGCUAAGGACGAUACCCGCCAACCACCAGAUGAUGCAGUAUGGAAACCCUAACCUGGACGCAGGCAGUAGGCAACGGCCAGGCAUCAGUGGACAGAUGGGGCAUCACCAGGUGCCCAACGCCAUGAUGUUCAACAAUCCCAGCCAGCAGCAGCAGCAAUACAUGGGACCUGUGGGCACUCAGCAACUUAUGGCUAGCAUGCACUUGCAGAAACUCAAUACCCAGUACCAGGGCCAUCCUCUCAUGGGCAUGAGCAACGGGCCCGUGGGCACAGGUGCGCAGCAAUACAGGGUGGGACCCGGCCAGCACCCUGGCAUGCAGCAUAUGCCCUCCCCUGCUUUGACCUUGAACGUUAUGGACACGGAUCUCGUCGACGAAGAGGUUUUGACCUCAUUGGUCAUGGAACUGGGGUUGGACCGGAUUCAGGAGCUGCCGGAACUUUUCCUGGGACAGAACGAGUUUGACUUCAUUUCGGACUUUGUCAGCAAACAGCAGCCCAGCGCCAUCAGCUGCUGAGCGGCUGGAAGUGGGUGCUUCCUCCCCCGCCCCACCCGGUGGCUUGAUUUUCACACCUCUCCCGUCUUCUCCCUUUUGUGUGUGUGUGUGUCGUCCCC